AUGGGGAAUGGCAUGACCAAGGUACUCCCUGGACUCUACCUCGGAAACUUCAUUGAUGCCAAAGACCCAGACCAGUUGGGCCGGAAUAAGAUCACACACAUCAUUUCCAUCCAUGAGUCACCCCAGCCUCUUCUGCAGGAUAUCACUUAUCUUCGCAUCCCAGUGGCUGAUACCCCCGAGGUACCAAUCAAAAAGCACUUCAAAGAGUGCAUCAAUUUCAUCCACUGUUGCCGCCUCAACGGGGGGAGCUGCCUGGUGCACUGCUUUGCAGGUAUCUCUCGCAGCACCACCAUUGUGACCGCGUAUGUGAUGACCGUGACCGGGCUAGGCUGGCGAGAAGUGCUGGAAGCUAUCAAGGCCACUAGGCCCAUCGCCAACCCUAACCCAGGCUUUAGGCAACAGCUGGAAGAGUUUGGCUGGGGGAGUUCCCGGAAGCUUCGCAGGCAGCUGGAGGAGCGCUUCGGUGAGAGUCCGUUCCGCGACGACGAGGAGGUGCGCGCGCUGCUGCCGCUGUGCAAGCGCUGCCGCCAGGGCUCGGCGACCUCGGCCGCCUCCGCCCCGCCGCCCGCGUCCGCCUCCGAGGGCACCCUGCAGCGCCUGGUCCCGCGCACGCCCCGGGAAGGCCACCGGCCGCUGCCGCUGCUGGCGCGCGUCAAACAGACUUUCUCUUGCCUCCCGCGGUGCCUGGCCCGCAAGGGGGGCAAAUGA